CAAAUGAUUCAGAAGUCCCCAAUUAUUUAACUCAACCCAUUAUUGUUAAACUCGUCUGGAACUUUCCGGUCGCGCAUGCGCACCUUCAGUGACGGAACUGUGUUAACAAAUUUCGAAAGGAUGGACUACGGCAGCCCGGGCUGUCGCAGCGAGUGAAGGCGGUCUGCCCGUCCGAAACCUCCGGCCAGAAAUGAAGAGCCAACAGAAGAGCCCGGAGCCAGAGGGGGGCGUCGCUGUGAACGAGGAAGGCUCUGUAGCCACGGCAGAAGAUCCGGCUGCCAUCGCUGCCAUUCAGUCUGCCGCCACCUUCACGGAUCCACAAAUCAAGUAUCUCUUCAAGACUGAAGGAGCUGCUGGACAGGUGACCUACAGAGUGAUCCAGGUGUCGGACGGCCAGUUGGAGGCUCAGACUGACGGAGCUGCAGCCGUCAGCCUGGUUGCUGGUUUUCCUGCCGCCACACAGACUGUCACACAGGCGGUCAUCUCCCAGCCGGAAGGGUUGGAGGGGGACGUCAGCGCUGAGGCCCAGUACGCCUAUUACCCAGCCUCCAUUGCAGACGGCUCUGCUGGCGCCAUGGUGACCACAGUGCAGGCCUCUGACACCCUGCUGGGCCAGACCACCCCCACAGGUCAACUUUAUGUGAUGAUGUCCCCCCAAGAGGUUUUAACUGCAUCCAAUCAGAGGACAAUAGCACCGCGCACUCAGCCGUACGUAGCGAAGCAGGAAGCUCCUCGGGGUUCCAGGGAUGAAAAACGGCGAGCACAGCACAACGAAGUUGAGCGAAGGCGUAGGGACAAGAUCAACAACUGGAUUGUUCAGCUUUCCAAGGCCAUUCCGGAGUGUAACAUCGAUUACACCAAGACAGGCCAGAGUAAAGGUGGCAUCUUGUCAAAAGCCUGCGAUUACAUCAAGGAACUGAGACAGAGCAACAUGAAGCUGGGAGAAGACAUCAGCGUUCUGGAUCGUCUGCGAGUGGACAACCAGCUGCUGAGACAGGAAGUGGAAGACUGGAAAUCCAAGAAUCAGAUCCUGAGAAACCUUCUGCGACAGCAUGGCAUUGUUGGAUCGUCGAGCUCAGACACUCAGUGAAGGCUGUUGCCAACCGGCUGUUUCAAGACAACUACACAUGGGCCAAAAGACUACCUGAAACCCUUAGAAAUAUGCAUCUUGUCAUACAGCAUGCACAAAACGAUUGAACUAUUUGAAUAUUGUUAGGAAUGUUCACAUCCCCCUUUUGUGAAAUCAUCCAGAUUGUUUCCUUUUUAAGUUCUUGGCAUUUAGGUAAUUUACCUGAUAACUUUAACAAUAAUAUUUAACUUGAUGGGCCUGCUGAGUGUUUUUUUUUUAAUCAUAUUCAGGAAAGCCCUGAUAGAUGCCUCUUACCACGAACAUGUAUGGUUUAUUCAUAUCCAGUACAGUAAGCUCUGAAACAAAACCAGUUAUUCAGUCCUUAUGCUUAUGUUUCUUGAUAUGAGCUGCAUCCGUUUUAAUGACUCCAGAUAUUCUAUUCAUGUAUUGAUGUCUUAUUUUGACCAGUUUAUACCAAGUUUACCAUCCAGAUCAUCCUCUGGGUUUACUGUGUGUCUGUCUGUUUGUUGGGGACUGUUGGUACAUUGCAACAAUGUAACUAUUAAGUAAAAAAUAAUGGGUUUGGAAAGUA